UCUUACAUAUAAUUUAUAACACUUGCUGUCUGAAACAUGUUAGUGACCCUACCGCCCAAUAUAUGACCGUUGACGUCAAUGUUAAUCACGUGAUUGAUAAAAAAGUGACGUUUUUCAGUAACCGCUCAGGAAAAAGUAUUUUUUGUACGUCCUCCACCGGUGUUAGAAGGUCAAUAAAAAGUAAAAGAUAACGUAUAAAAUCACCAAAAAAUGUUAUCCAGAAUUGUAAGACCCACUUUGACCGCUGCAAGGAACUUCAGCACAUCUCAACAGAACAACUAUAAAGUGACAGUAUGUGGGGCAGCUGGUGGAAUAGGACAGCCCCUGUCCUUACUGCUCAAACUCAACCCCUUAGUAACAGAGCUCAACUGCUAUGAUAUUGCCCCUUUCACUCCUGGAGUUGCCUGCGAUCUAUCUCACAUUGAGACGGCUAGUAAAGUUAAGGGAUUUGCUGGACAAGAAAGUCUUAAAGAUGCCUUAAACAGUGCAGAUGUUGUGGUUAUCCCUGCUGGUGUACCUAGGAAGCCUGGUAUGACCAGAGAUGACUUAUUUGGUUCAAAUGCAAGUGUGGUGAAGACAAUUUUUGAGUGCGCUUCGGUGGCAUGUCCAGAUGCUAUUUUCUGCAUUAUCACCAACCCUGUUAACUCAUGUGUUCCUAUUGCCUGUGAGGUUUUGAAAAAGAUUCAAGAUUGCAGUUGCGCCCCCUAGCGACCAUUCCAGAAACUUGAAAAUAUUCUCCAGGUUUUUCUCUUCUCCGUUUUGGCCAACAAGUUGAACCCCCGUCGUGUCUUCGGUGUGUCAACGCUGGACAUCGUCAGAGCCAAUACCUUCGUCGGAGAGAUGUGCGGCGUCAAUCCGAAAGAAGUGAACGUGCCCGUGAUCGGCGGUCACUCUGGCAUCACUAUAGUGCCCCUCUUCUCCAGGGCCACGCCUAAAGUUACUAUUCCUGCGGAUAAGUUGGACGCACUUACGAAAAGGGUGCAAGAAGCUGGUACUGAGGUAGUUAAAGCCAAAGUAGGCCACGGGUCUGCGACUCUUUCCAUGGCCUAUGCUGGUGCCAGGUUCGCAAAUAGCGUCAUGCGAGGCCUUAAAGGAGAGAGUAACGUCAUCGAAUGCUGCUAUGUCCAAUCUGAUGUCACUGAGGUGCCAUUCUUUGCUAAUCCCGUCCUUUUGGGUAAAGGAGGACUAGAAAAGAACCUGGGCAUUGGAGAGCUCAACGCCUAUGAGAAAGACCUUGUCAGCAAAGCAAUUCCAGAGCUGAAGAAAGAAAUCGCCAAGGGUGUUGACUGGGUUAAAUCACAGUGAGAACCAUUAGCAACGUAUUAAACUGUGACCAAAAUGAAUUCAACUCCUGUUUCACAGAGAUAUUUCAGUUUUUUUAAAAACCUGCAUUAAAAAUGUAUCGUCCAAACUAAAAAAAGCUGAGGUUUCUUUGUGUGCAAGGAUCUGUAAAGAGUAUAAGUGAAAAUACCUCUAGUCUAUUUGAGACUUUUCUAAGCCCCAUUGUCGUGAGAAUGCAUUACUUUGAUUUUUGCCUUUAGUGUGUAAAAAGUAACUAAAUACAGAUUAUUUUACCAGAUCAGUUGCCAUUUUAAUACCAUGUUUUUAUGUGUAAAGUAUUAAUCAGUUGUACGGAUAAAGACCUUUUUUCUGUUGA